AUGACUCGGGCGAUGGCCAAAGUCUCGGAAAGCUUCACCCCUAUACAACCACCACAGGAAGAUAUCGAAUCACAUCGCAAGGCACUUGCGACGACUCCCGGGAAGCGCGCCUUUGAUGAUGUGUUCCCAAUAACAGAGGGUGAAGUGCGAGAAGCACUGAAUCACGAGGCGAAGAGGACCAGAAUUUUCUCGCAGAAGAAGCUGAAACGACUGCAGAUUGAGCGGCUCGAACAAGGGACAUGUCUGAAGUAUCGCCUUGAGUCCUACACUGAUGCUCGGUCGACAGUCGAGACAACAGAGGCCUGUCUACCCGGCAGCGCCUUUCGCAGCGAGCCCGACACGCUGGGCUUCCUCUCCAACAACAAUUUGAAUCCGUGGGAUUUCGAGGUGCAUCCGGCUGCUAUGUUUUCUGAUCAGGUGUCCAUGACGGAAAUGCCGGGUACGUCCCGUAUCACGGACUGUCAGACGUGUUCCUCUGAAGGAACCAUGCAUUGUUUUCACUGCAGAGGCAAUGGAACGGAUAAAUGCCAAUUUUGCAGAGGCACGGGCAUGAAGUCGGGUGUCGCCCAUCCAGCCGUCUACACACAUCCAAUGAUCGCCACAUUUCCACACGCGGACACCUCUCGUGGGUAUUCCUCAGCUGGGACGGCGAUGAGAGCAGGGCCAGCUGGGAAUGCAUACGGUCUCGGGACACCUAUGCAUUUUAUGAGCAAGACUGGAGUACCACCUCCUGGAAUAGGAACCCAUGAUCUGUGCUAUAUGUGUCAUGGCCGCGGUGUCAGCCAGUGUGGCCAAUGCAAGGGUACCGGCAAAAAGGUGUGCUCGAAAUGUGGGGGCAGCGGCGCCGUGCGGUCGUAUACGAAAAUGAAAGUGUUUUUCAAAACGGAGACGUCAGAAUUUUUCACGGAGGCGCCGAUUCCCGAGAAAUUCCUGAUGUCGGUCAAUGGAAUCGAGAUAUUUGGGGAGGAGAAGCCGUAUGUGAUCCCGAUCACGUCGCACCCGACGAAGGCGAUCAACGACGCGAGUCGCGCCAUUUGUGCCGAUCAUUUGCAGAAAUGCUUGGGGAAAUCGAGGGUGAUACAGCAGCGUCACUGGAUUCUGGCCAUUCCAUGGGCCGAGGUAUUCUACAGUAUCGGCGCCGAGAAGGGCUCAUUCUUCGUGUACGGUAGGGAGAGGGCGUGCUAUUUCCCGAAAUACUCCUCCAAAUGCUCCAUCUUA